AUGGGGAAUGCCUUCAGUGACUCUUGGGGCGGGAUGUCCUCUCAAGCCUCCCAGCAGCCUGGAAAUCAAAGGGGCCCUCCACAAGGUGCACUGAGAAACAGGCCACGCAAAACAGGCGCCAUCCAUAGGAUGCCUGCUCAAAAUCAAGUCCUUUUCCGUAUACCCACGAACAUGGCGCCGAUAUUGCCAUGCUACCUUAAGCUCUUGAAGCAACAGCGUAUCAAUGCCCUCUUGGCCGUUGAAAACGACUUCAUUUCCAAUUUUUCUCAGUCGACCUUUUACAAGCAAGUCAACAAGGAGCAGGAGCAGACAAUAGCGAAGCUUCGGGGGACGACACAAACGAUAGCUGUUGUUCAGGAAAUCAUUGACGAAGAGUUUCUGGUUGUAAAGAAGACAGAAUAUUCGAGCAUUUAUACAAAGGCACUUUCUUUUGUCGACCGAGAGCUUUUGCAGCCUAACGCCCUCGUGCAUUUAAUGGAAGAUGCACACAGAGAUAUUGUAGUUGGCGUUCUUUCUCACGACGAAGACCCUAACGUGACGAUGAUGAAAGUGAUUGAAAGGCCGAAAGACACCUACGCGGAUAUUGGAGGCCAGGACGAGGCCAUCAAGGAGCUACAGGAGACGAUACAGCUGCCCCUAACGAACCCUGAGUAUUUUGUGGACCUGGGGAUUGAGCCCCCACGCAGCUGCAUUCUCCACGGCCCGUCCGGAACGGGCAAGUCUCUCCUUGCCCGGGCAUGCGCUAAUGAGACGAGCGCGUGCUACAUGAAAAUGGCUGGGUCAGAGCUUAUCCAAAAGUACUCUGGAGAAGGCCCCCGCCUUGUACGAGAACUUUUCAAGGCUGCAAAGGCCAACCAACCGACCAUCAUCUUCAUCGACGAGGUUGAUGCCGUAGGAAGAAAGAGGUAUGAUGCAGAUUCAGGAGGUGCUAGAGAGAUACAGCGUACAAUGCUUGAGCUUUUGAAUCAGCUCGAUGGGUUUGACAGAACGGAAGGUGUCAAGGUCAUCAUGGCCACCAAUCUUAUUGAGAGCCUGGACUCGGCGCUUAUACGCGCGGGCCGUAUCGAUCGUAAGAUUUAUGUCGGGCUCCCAGACCUCACUGCACGCAGGCAGAUCUUUAAAAUACACACACGCAGGAUGAUGCUGGAUAAGGACAUCGUUGAAGAUGAGAUCCUUAAUUGUAAAGACGACCUUUCUGGUGCAGACAUCAAGGCUAUCACUUUGGAAGCAGGACUUCUUGCACUUCGAGACCGACGCAUCCGCGUGUGCAUGAGUGACUUCAGAAAGGCCCGCGAUAAAGUUCUGUACAAGAAGAUCCAGGAGGUUGGAGACCUGUACACAUGA